UACUGUGGGAAAAAUAUAAAAGCUUUGAAUCUCUUGAAAAAACUGGGCCAUUGGUCCAUUUUCAAAUGCAGAAUCACAUCUUGCCACGCGCUCUCCUGUCUAUUUGUGUAACUCCAUGCAUCUUUGUUUCUUUCUCGCUCCUCUUACCUCUUUCUUCUCUUACCCUUCGUCCUUCCACGUCACCAAUUUUGAUAACCCGAGUACACCCAAGUGCUUUCAAAGAGGCAGAAAGCUUUCAGCAAGAAACGUGAUCGUUAUUUGUAGGUAAGAUGGUACAAGCAACGAGAGUCGAAAACAAUCAGAUAGGCCUUGAACAAGAAAAUAGAAAAUUCUUGAGUAACAGAAAAAAAUUGUCUAAGGCAGACUUGCUUCCAAUCAAGUCACAAAUAUGAAAGCUUAGAAGUUACUGCUGAAUUGAAGUCUCAAAGAAAUUUGAAGCCAACACAGUCAACGCACUUCAUUAGCCAUUUGCAUAGUACAGUUGCAAUGAUAAAGACGGUCAAGCCUGUAAACUCGGUUAAGUAACGAAGAUCGUCUAAUAUAAGAGACACGAGACAGUGACGAGGGAGGUCGAAAGAGGGUGGAGAAUUGUUUGGUGGUAGGGAGAAGAGGAGGAAUCGGUCAAGAUCGGAUAGUGAUACUGUGUUAGAGUGGUGGGGUAAAAUCAUAGGAAGCGGGAGGGAGAAGGAAACGCAGUCCCUCAGAUGGAGAAAGGGAUGGAGGGAACGCAAGUCUCGGCUUUCAGCUACGCGAACGCUUCUCCGUCAGUCAAUUCGCAAACGUCCAACGAGAUGGACCUAAACUCAAAGAUACUAAGGAACUGAACACCGCUGGUGACAAGUUAAAUAACAAUUGGCACUGGGACACUUCCGGGAGACACAUUGCACGGGACAGGAAUAGCAUCGGUGGAAUUAUUAGGUUCGGACUGACGAACUGGUACUGCUGUUCUCGGUUGAGAAGAUUAAGAACCGACGAGUUGAGGAACUGGUUAAAAAAAGUUGUUCAUUAUCAGAGACAAUAAAUUGUGGAGGAUAGAAAAAAAAUUAAAUUUGAAGAUCAGUGACCGAGGGAACUUACUCUGAAGUUUUAUUAAUACUGUAUAAAGAUGUUGAAGUUAGUAACGAUAUUCGUGGUCCUUGUGGCUGCUACGUUGGCGGUUCACGACAAGUUUCGUGUUGAAUUCCAAUGGAAAUACAUAAACGUGACAUGGCCAUCGGAAGACGCGCGACUGGCGGCCCUGCAAAAUGAAGAAUAUAUACCAGAAAAUAAUGCCAUUGCUGGUAUUAAAUUAUGGAAACAUAGGAUGUACCUGACAGUACCAAGAUGGAAAAACGGUGUUCCUGUGACAUUAGGAGUGACAUCGGCUACACCACAGAAUAACGUAACAGCACCGAAUCUUGAACCUUAUCCCAAUUGGGAGAUGCAAAAGGUUGGAAAUUGCAAAGCAUUCCAAUUCGUUCAGAGUAUGGAGAUUGAUCCUAAGGGUAGAAUGUGGGUUCUGGACACUGGACGUACAGCUACCAUGACUUUGGAGGCUAAAGCUCGUUGUACACCACGUUUGGUUAUCCUGGAUCUUGAGAACGAUGGAAAGGUAUUACGUAGUUACGAAUUCCCCGAGAAUGUCGCACCCAAAGAAUCUGCUUACCUGAACGAUAUCGUCCUGGACCAUCGUGAGGGUGGUAUAGCUUACAUUACAGACAACGGUAAGGAAGAUCCUGGUAUUAUUAUCUACUUCCUCCAGAACAAUACCUCCUGGAAAUUCCGCCAUGAGUCCACCAAUGCUGAGCCUGAGUUCACAGGUUUUAUGGUAGCUAACACCCGGGUCACCGAAAGUGUCCACGUAGAUGGCAUUGCACUGUCUCCAGCUAGCGCGAGUGAUAGACUUGUUUAUUACACACCGUUGUCAUCCCUCCACUUUUAUUCUGUACCUACCUCAGUCCUCAUCAAUAGGACAGAGACCGCCGGAGACUAUGUACGCGAAUUGGGUCGCAGGACUUCCCAGACUGACGGCAUCGCCAUGUCUGCGACUGGUGUCCUUUAUUAUGGCCUGAUCGCUGACGACGCCAUAGCAGCCUGGGACACUAAGCAGUCAGAUGCACUCAUGCAAACAGUCAUUUCUCGUGAUCACAGACUCACCCAAUGGCCAGAUACAUUCGCCUUCGACGAAGAGGGUUACCUCUGGUGCGUCACAAAUUCCCUGCAAAAUUUCAUUAACAACAAGGUUAAUAUCAGUGUGCCGAAUUACCGCAUCAUCAAGAGCCAAAACGGGGGUCUGAAGAGUUAUCAGUACUUUGAGAAUGGCACUGCACCGGAACUCCCAUAUAUCGCAGCUGGUGCAAGCCAAAUUACCUUCGCCUUUGCCAGCUGUCUCACCAUACUCCUCGUCAGUAUUAUUCAGUAAUACUAAUAUCACCAGGUUGUCCGAAUCUCGAGGAAUGCCUCGUCCACGUCGAAGCUGGAUAAUCCUGAUACUCACGAACAAUGCCGGAGUCAACGGGCACGUGCACGUGUUAUUAAUCGUAUCGAUUCAGAAUAUCUUUACAAUGCUGUCUUUCCGUGUUUCCUAACCUCUUCCGGUGACUUAUUUCGAACCUCACUCACUGUUAGUGCGUCUUCUUUAACUUGGGUAAAAGGCAUAACGAGUAUAAUUAUUUUUCCUGGUGAAGUUUCUCUUAGUAUCUAUAACAACGUUGCUCCGCAAGGACGAUCGGUAAAUUAUUCAUUUCCUAAGUCACUUUUGUUAUAAAGACUUAAAACAAAUUUCCGUACAUUCGCACCUUAACCACGCAAUCCUUUUGUGAUAUCCCAAUUAUCCUCGGUACAAGUUGACAAUAAUUCCAGUGAGUUUUUAUCAUUUGCAAAGUACUCACGAGAAAGAGAAAGAGAAAGAAAAAAAAGACAAGCAUCUAGCGCAUGGUUGACGUAGAAGGUCCAACAACGAAAUCCUGUUCUUUAAUGUUUCCCCUAUAUUUCCUUGGCUUUCUAUUUUACCUAUAAGCCAAAGAAGUGUCACUCUCCUUGUAUCGAUUAAUAUCAGACGUCUCUUGACAUUCGAUACGCAUAAUAGGUACAAGUGCACGGGUCAGUGAUCGCUCCGGUGAGAAAAAACAUAAGAUAGAAGACGAACUUAUAAGCGCAAAACCAGCUAUUUAUUUGAAAGCACGUUCAUGCACUCUUAUAUAACUAUAGUCUGCGUUACGAAUAAAAAUUAAGAACGUAUCUAAGUAUCACGAUAAGCUAUGAUAUUACGGUCGCAAGAUAGAGAAUAUUUCCAGCAAUGAUCUCCGAGACGUCUUGUCAAUCAUACACAAAAAAAGAGUUCAGCUAAAGUAAAGAAAGAAAAAACAGAGUACCUUACAGCAAUGGCCUUAUCACUAACAAACGAUGUAAAUAGUGUGUAUAGUUCUCGUACUAGAGGGACCUUAAACCUCAUACGUAAUCCACACCAAAAACAAACAAUCUAAUAAUAAAACUUCCACUGGCUAGUAUUUACGCGUGUCGUCGACGGGUGUGCUUAUUUUUGCGAAUUACAAAUCACCUAAAAGACCACGGAGUAUCGCCUGAUUACGUAACCUACCUGAUUACAUAACUCUAAAUUUAAAAAAAAUGGUCAUUUCGCGUCGUGUUGCUUCGAUUUUUAACAUCAAAGCUGCUACGUCUCACGUCAUUGUGUAUUUUGUCCACGUGAAAAUACGCCAAAGGGACGCCGUCACUUUCCGCUUUUCCCACAAUUGUUCACGCCGGACACUCAAUCGCUAUAUGCACAAUGCCGUGUCCUACAUUUUCAACGAACUACGCAGGUAAAUGCCAUCAGCCCUGAACCGGGUGUCAAUGUACCGACAAGAAAAACCUACGAUUACGAUCAGCAAGCAAAAGUCGUUGGAUCACGUAGAACAAAUAAAAGCGGCAACUGUUAGAAAAAUAAUAUGGUUAUUUCUUCUGGUGACUUUACGCGGUAAUUUUGAACGCACGAAUAUAACGUUAAGUGCGGACUCACGCGUCCUUAACCUAUUUCUUAGGAAAAAGCGUCUCGACUAUUAUUCGAACCUCGUAGGUUAUGUAGGGGAAUUAGCGUUGCGACGCUUAUUAUAUACGUCCCGUGGGAAGAUAUAUGUAACUUCCGGCAGACGGGCUGCUGGUUGCGUCAAGGAUUUCGAAAUAUUGAAUCGCACCUUAGAAUCAUCAUGAGAACGUUCUCGUGCCCGGUCCAACCUAACCUAACCUGUUUGAACCUGUUGGCCUUAAUACCUUAUAGAUUAUUACAGUGUCUACUGUUAAUGGAUGUUACUCUGCGAAUGGCACAGUGAGUAAGGAUUAUAUGUACGUAUAUUUGUUUAUCUAAUAUAUAGUAUAUGUAGGCUUUAGCUUAUUUGUCAAGAUACCGAAGGUCACUCUGUGACCAUCUUGUUCAGGUGCAUUUGUAGCUGACGAAUAAUAUCGUGACCAUUAAGACGGAUAUAGUGAGGUCAGCGAAUACAUGUUUGAAUCUUAUUAUUCGUAUGUGAUAUCACGCGUCAACCCACUAUUCGUACAAUCAUACAUUCAUGAAAAUAAGCCCAAGUUCUAGUCAAAGAUGACCUUCGCGACCUCAUUUUUAACAACGGUCGCCACUCGAGUCGGUGGUUAGGAAGCAACAAAUUGUAUUAUUACGUCGUUUCUUGUUAAUUCGUUGUUUUAUGAAAUUGUGAAUAAUUGUAGGAGGGAGGGGAUAUUAGUUUGGUUUUACGCUUUUUUUUAUAUGUAUUUCACGCGACGUAUUAGUGCCGUUAGUUCGCAUGGUCAUUGUGAGGCGAAAAAGGUUAAUGAGAUUUUGUUGUCGCUAGGUCGCUUUUUUGUUGCUAAUUUCGGGGAACAAUAGAAAAUUGAAUAUAGUGGGUCGAUUGCGAUGAUCUUUCCAGUUGGGAUAUGUAUUAAUAAGCAGAGAGUACAUAUUAAUGCUAAGUAAAAGAUAUAUGCACGCGUAUUCCAUCUUAUUCCAAUCGAUAAAUGUAUAUUUAAGAGGUUAUAUGAAUAUCAAAAAAUUUAAUAUAUUUUCUAUCGAUAUAAAGACACGGAAUCGUAAAGGAUAUUAUAUGGAAUAAAUAUUGUACGAGUCGAUUAUACGUACAGAAUGUAUAUCGAUAUAUUUGCGAUUUUUUGUUUGUCUUAAGCAACCUAUUAAUACGAGCUAUUGCUAUUAUAUAGAGAUUAUGUAAAUUAUGCAAUCAAUAAAUCAGUGAAGUAUAGAUGUAAGGAGA